AUGCAAUUAUCUGGCAAAACUUUAUUGUCGCUAGCCUCGUUGUUUAUAGCGUUGCUAGACGGCGCAGAUGCGAAAGUUCAUAAAAGUAAGAUUUACAAGGAGAAACUAGAAGACCAAUUGCAAGGCAUGCCAUUCACUGCGCAUGUCUCUCGUUUGGGGGAAAAGUACUUGAGCAAUUUCAAAAGGGCAUACCCACAAGAAACAUUCUCCAGGGAAGGUGUUGAUACCGUUUUCACUGAGGAAAGUACAAGUGUUCCAUUGACAAACUACUUAAAUGCUCAGUAUUAUACUGAAAUUACGCUAGGUACGCCACCACAAUCCUUUAAGGUUAUCCUAGAUACCGGCUCCUCAAACUUGUGGGUCCCAAGUGCUGAAUGUGGCUCUUUGGCAUGCUUUUUGCACACUAAGUAUGACCAUGAAUCCUCAUCCACUUACAAAGCUAAUGGUUCUGAGUUUUCCAUUCAAUAUGGUUCAGGUUCUUUGGAAGGUUACGUAUCGAGUGACUUGUUAACUCUUGGUGACUUGGCAAUUGCUGACCAGGACUUUGCUGAAGCUACAAGCGAGCCCGGCUUGGCCUUUGCUUUUGGUAAGUUUGAUGGUAUUCUUGGUUUGGCUUACGACACCAUUUCUGUCAACAAAAUUGUUCCACCAGUCUACAAUGCCAUUAAGAAAGGCCUUUUGGACGAACCUGUCUUUGCAUUCUACUUAGGGGAUGCUGAUAAAUCUGAAGAUGGCGGUGAAGCUACUUUCGGUGGAAUUGAUUCAUCUAAGUAUACAGGUGAUAUCACCUGGUUACCAGUUCGUCGUAAGGCCUAUUGGGAAGUCAAAUUCGAAGGUAUUGGUCUAGGUGAUGAAUACGCUGUCUUGGAAGGUCACGGUGCUGCCAUUGAUACUGGUACUUCGUUGAUUGCGCUUCCAAGUGGAUUGGCUGAAAUUUUGAACUCUGAAAUUGGCGCAAAGAAGGGCUGGUCUGGACAAUACUCUGUCGAUUGUGACUCAAGAGCUUCUCUCCCAGAUUUGACAUUGAAUUUCAGCGGUCAUAACUUUACGAUUACUCCAUAUGACUACACAUUAGAAAUGUCAGGAUCUUGUAUUUCUGCUUUUAUCCCAAUGGACUUCCCUGAACCUGUUGGUCCUUUGGCAAUCAUAGGUGAUGCUUUCUUGCGUAAGUAUUAUUCCAUCUACGAUUUGGGCCAUAACGCUGUGGGAUUAGCAAAGGCCGUCUGA